UGGAGAGCGCGCAUUAGUGCCUGGGAUUGGGAGAGAGGAACACACACUACAGGAGGAAUUCCAUGGCUACCUUAAAUCACAUGCUGACAUAGCAAGAACCCGCUCGAGCUCUACCCUUCCAUAUCCGAGAGGGACGGACUAGCUGUCACCCCCCCUCUCCCGCCCCCGCUGUGAACACGCGACACACCCCGGAGUACGGACGUCACACAGGCAUUACAGGAACGGUGAGCGAGCCAAGUGGAGAAGUCUCUUGGUCUGUCGGUACGCAGCGUAUCGGAGAGAGGACGCACAGAUUUGCUGAAUUUCCCGUGAGACGGUGUUGCAUACGGCCGCUAUCUGGAUUUACCGGAGAGCUCUUUAUAGCGCGGGGAACCUACAUGCCCAAACUGGGGAAACUUGGAAAAUCCAAGACUUUAACGCGAAGCUUUAAAGUUUUCGCCACUAUCAUUGGCUAUCGAAUGGACCCGCACCCCGGCGCGCGGAGUUGCGCGAGCCGCGGCAGUCCCUCCUGCGAGGCCGUGCCCAGCGAGCCCUCCAUGAACGUGUACAUCCACUCCACCACCGGCACGCGCUUCGAGCUGUCACUACCGCAGGAGGAGACCGUGGAAGGCUUGAAGAAACGGCUCUCCCAGAGGCUGAAAAUACCAAAAGAGAGGCUCGCCCUUCUGCACAAAGAGACGCGUCUGAGCUCAGGCCGGCUGCUGGAUCUGGGUGUGACUGACCGGAGCAGACUAACCCUGGUACCCACAGUGGAGGCUGGGCUCAUGUCGCAGGCCUCCAGACCAGAGCAGUCCGUCAUGCAAGCACUGGAGAGCUUAACAGAGACUCAGGUCAGUGACUUCCUGUGUGGCCGGUCCCCCCUGACUCUGGCGCUGCGUGUGGGAGACCACAUGAUGUUCGUCCAGCUGCAGCUGGCAUCCCAGCAGGCCGUGGGGGGGGCGGGGCUUCAGAGCAGGGGGGGGCGUGGGGGGGCGGAGGCUCCGGGUCUCCCCUCAGGGAGUGCGGCCCCCAGCUCUGGACACCCCCGCGUGCCUCUGCCCCAACACCCAGCCCCCUCCCCCGCUGCCUCCCCCCCUCCGCCCCCCGCUCCUGUCUACAGCUCCACCUCCAGACACAGCUCCCCCCCUCCACCCUCCCCCUGCCUCCCCCAGCAGAGUGUCUUCCUGCCCCCCCGCCAAGCCCCCCCCAGCCCCCAGAGGCCCCCUCCGCCAGCCUCCAGCCCCCAGCCCAGCUGCAGCACGAAGCCCUCUGGUAACAGCUCCUCCUCCCGGUCACGCAAGCCCGGCGCCGUCAUCGAGAGCUUUGUGAACCACGGCCCCGGGGUGUUCUCUGGAACCUUCUCAGGCACGCUGCACCCUAACUGUCAGGACAGCAGUGGACGCCCUCGUCGUGACAUCAGCACCAUCCUCCAGAUCCUCAACGACCUGCUCAGCGCCACGCGGCACUACCAGGGGGCUCCCCCAUCCCUCAGCCAGCUCCGACAGCAGGCCACGCCCUCCCCCCCACCCUGCCCCCCUGCCCCCGCCACGCCGGCCGCCCCCAGCGCACGCACGCCCCCCCUACACCCUCUGGUGCAGAGUCAGAUACACAUGUGCAGGCCCCAUGGUGACCGUGUGCGUCAGACGGAGAACCGGGCGACGCGCUGCAAGGUGGAGCGCCUGCAGCUGCUGAUGCAGCAGAAGAGGGUGAGGAGGAAGAGCCGGCGUGACCAGCGCGCGCCCUACCAUUGGCUGCCGAGCCGCAAGGCUGGGCGGAGCCACAGCAACAGCAGCCUAUCCAGCGAGGGCUCCCUGGACCUGGACUACGACGAGGCGCUAUGGAAACAAUCAGACAUGAAGACUGAGUCCCUCAUGGCCUGAGGGGGUGGGGCAGAUCGAGGGGCGGUGGGUGUGGCUGGAGAAGGAGAGGAGCCGGAGGGGAGGAGCCAGAGCCGGAGGGGAGGAGCCGGAGGGGACUGCUGAAUACGGAGACGCGUUUGCUGAGGAUUGUGGGAAGCGAUGUUUUAGUUGUGUGGGACUCGUCACUCUGUCAACGCCUGGGCGGACUAAUUACCAAGUGGACUAGUAACCAGGGAAACUAGUUACCAUGUGGACUGGGGGUGUGUCCUCAGCGUACGACCCCUCCCAUUGGGCAUUCUAUUCUCAGCCUCCAUCAGGGAGCGAGGUUUCUACUCAUACUUAACCUCGUCUCUAUGGAAACAUUUAUUAUUAUUAAACUUAAUAUGUAGCAUUGUUCACAAAGCAUUCAGGUUUCCACAAACUGGUCUGAUUGGUUGUUGAUUUGCACAUUAUCAUGGAACAGCUGGUCAUGUGUGCAGGAAUGGGUGGGGCUAAUAACGCACUGACUCAUGGGAGAUUGAGAGAACAGAGGAUAUCUACUCGGCAUCCAUGGACGCUGCAGAGGAUGUAAAAUCUAAAUAUGAAAAAUAUAUUUUUUAUUGAACCUCCUAUCUGCUGUUUUGAAAAAACAGACAUCCACUGUGGCUUCGAGCCGGCCACUGAGAAGUGUGUUCAUCCAUCCAUCUACUCAUCCACUCAUUCAUUCAUUCACUCAUUAUGGUUACGAAGCCACAAAUGGUUCUAAACAUAACCCCUCCCCCCAGAGUCUGAUAGGCCUGGAACAACUAACCCCAUCUGCAGGCUUGUGUGUGUGUGUGUGUGUGUGAGUGUGGGGAGAAGGAAGUGUUUGUCUAAGUGAUGAAUGGCUGCUUCUCAUUGGUCAGUUCAAGUUAUUGGAGCUAGCCCUGUUGUGUCCUGCUAAGAGUUAGACACACAGACAAGCAACCCUGACCCUGACGGUCUGUGUCCAACCCUACCACGAUUGCACUCCUUGGGAUUGCAGAGAGAGAUUACCCAUCAAGUGAACCUCAUCCUGUUUCAAGUGGCCUUACCGCUCACCUCUCUGGGGGCGUUGGUUUUGCUCCUCAGGGCGACUUCCUCUCCGGGGCUUCUCUGUUAGCAGGUGGAGUCUCUUAUGUCAAGGCUUCUGUGCCUUAAAACGCAAAGACUAUAUCCUUUCUCGACUCUGGACCGACACAGGAAGUCGCCACACUUUUGUAGUCCUCACGUGAUGGGGGUUGUAGUUCCUUGGGGGGGUUGAAGCACGUAGCGGGAUAUGAUAUAAUGUUGUUCUCCACCACUCUUUCUCCACUGUGUUUGUUAGUCUUUACUGCCAGCAUCCUGACCCUCUGUUAGUUUCACCCCAACCCCUCAUCAAAAAAAUGUAAAACGUUAAUUUAAGUUGUAAUUUUUUAUCUAUGUAUAAACUAUACUCUGUGUGUGCCUCACAUCUGUGUGAAAUUGAAAAAAAAGAAACGAAAGUAAGAAAUAUUAGGGGAUUCAUCAUAUACGUUGCCUGCUCUCUAGUUCUUUAUCUUGUAGCCAUGAGGAGAGUCCAGACCAGAGGUCUAGCUAUAAGAGACUGUAGCACGUGUGAGUGUGUUAAUUUAUCAAACCAAAACGGUAACUGUGAAUUCUGUUUUUCUUCAUGUAUUUUCUGAGUGGGGGGGCAGGAAAUAGCCCCCCCUCUCCUGGUCAAACGGAAAUGAGUUUCCCUACAAAAAAAAAAGUACAAAACAAGAUAUCAAUAUAUAUUUUUUUCUUAAGCAAUACAUUUCAGUGUGACUUGUGAUAGAAUUUUUUUCUUUUUUAGGUAAUAAAUAAAAAACAAAAGCUGCCA